AUGGACAGCCAGAACACAGCACAGAGAACAUGCACAGCCAGAACACAGCACAGAGAACAUGCACAGCCAGAACACAGCACAGAGAACAUGCACAGCCAGAACACAGCACAGAGAACAUGCACAGCCAGAACACAGCACAGAGAACAUGCACAGCCAGAACACAGCACAGAGAACAUGCACAGCCAGAACACAGCACAGAGAACAUGCACAGCCAGAACACAGCACAGAGAACAUGCACAGCCAGAACACAGCACAGAGAACAUGCACAGCCAGAACACAGCACAGAGAACAUGCACAGCCAGAACACAGCACAGAGAACAUGCACAGCCAGAACACAGCACAGAGAACAUGCACAGCCAGAACACAGCACAGAGAACAUGCACAGCCAGAACACAGCACAGAGAACAUGCACAGCCAGAACACAGCACAGAGAACAUGCACAGCCAGAACACAGCACCAGAACAUGCACAGCCAGAACACAGCACAGAGAACAUGCACAGCCAGAACACAGCACAGAGAACAUGCACAGCCAGAACACAGCACCAGAACAUGCACAGCCAGAACACAGCACAGAGAACAGGAACAUGA